UUCGGCUUCAGUGCCGACACACGCACAAUCGACAGCUCUACGCAGUCUUGAAAGCCUUGGAGGAGGGAAGAAAGCCGGACUACAAUGGCAGGCGUCCCUAGAGACGUGGAUGACCGAAUCUGCCUCAUGGAGAGCCAGUUUCACAGCCGAAGCUCUGCUGACAACACCAACAGCUUCAGUGUGGAGGCUCUCCAGGAUGCCCUCAUUGUCCUCUACGAGGAGUGCCGGACGUCUUCGUACAAGAAAGAGUCGACAGUGGAAGAGUUUGUCAAAACAGCUAAGCCAGUCGUUGAUCACAUCACAUCACUGAGGCUGUCAGCUGAGGAUUUCGACACGCUGGAAGUCAUCGGAAGAGGGGCCUUUGGAGAAGUCAAGGUUGUGAAGAUGAAGGGGACGGGGAAGGUCUGUGCUCUCAAGAUCCUCAACAAAGUCGAAAUGUUGAAACGACAUCAGACUGCCUGUUUCAGAGAAGAGAGAGAUGUCCUGGUGUUUGGGGACCAGGACUGGAUCACGACACUGCACUACGCAUUCCAAGACAAAACCAACCUGUACUUUGUGAUGGACUACUAUGUUGGUGGAGACGUCCUGACUCUUCUUUCAAAAUACGAAGACCACCUACCAGAGCCCAUGGCCAGGUUUUAUGCCUCAGAGAUGGUGGUUGCAAUUGACUCCAUUCACAAGCUGGGAUACGUACACCGUGACAUCAAACCUGACAAUGUGCUAAUCGACAAAGACGGUCACAUAAAACUGGCUGACUUUGGGUCUUGUCUGAAAAUGGGCUCAAAGGGGAAAGUCAACUGCACCACAGCAGUCGGAACCCCAGACUACAUCUCCCCGGAGAUCUUGCAGGCAAUGGAGGAUGGUAAGGGGAGUGUAUGGCAAGGAGUGUGACUGGUGGUCUCUGGGCAUAUGUCUCUACGAGAUGCUGUUUGGGGAGACUCCGUUCUAUGCCGAGUCACUACUGGAGACCUACGGCAAGAUCAUGCAACACAAGACGCGUUUCAAGUUCCUGGACGUGAGCAUGUCGGAGGUCUCCAAGGAAGCCAGGGACCUAAUCAACAUGCUGAUCUGUGAACCUGGUUCCAGACUGGGACGGAAUGGGGUCGGCGACUUCAAGCCACACCCAUUUUUCUCGGGGGUCGACUGGGACAACUUGCGGCAGACCAAACCGCCCUACAUCCCGGAGUACUCCAGUCCUACUGACACCAGAAACUUUGAACUCUUGGAGGACAACGACUCCCUGGGGCGUCCGCAUACCACUGAUCCGUAUGCUCUGAACAAAGUCACGGCCCUAACUGUCCACCUCCCAUUCGUCGGGUUCACCUACACCAACAACAGCAAGCUGUGUGACAGACCGCCUGCUCCUGAGCCCUCUGGUGGGGGCGACGCCUCAGCCGAAGUUCGCAGAGAGAGGAGCCGUCUUCAGAGAGAAGUGGAGAGUCUGAAGGAGCAACUAGCCACCAGAGUAGCCAACGAAAAACCAGCUUCAAGUGGCGGAGAAGUGACAAAGAUGCGGACUCUUGAGAGGACUUCACGAACUCUCAAAUCUGACAAGGCCCAGCUACAGGAGGAGAUAGCAGGACUGAGGGAAGAGCUGGCCGGUAAAGACAAGGACGUAAGAGAGGCCAAGGCUGCGUAUCGUGAGUCUCAGGACGAGAUCACUCGCAUCACUGACAAACUGAACGACACUCGUGCUCAUAAGGUGAAGUAUUCACGUCUUGCUAGAGAGAAGGAAGAAGAGAUCGAGGAAAAGGUGAACAAGAUUGAAACUCUGAGAAAAACAAACAGAGAAAGCGAGAGAGAAAGGAGAGGGCUACUCCAAGACCUGGAGGAGAUGAGGGGUGACUUGAAGCAAGCUCUGAAGCAAAAGAACAGAGCAGAAGCAGCUGUGGCAGCGAUGGAGGAAGAACUGCAAAGCGCGAAGUCAGCUCAAAGACGCUCCGGGUCACGACCUGCCACUGAAGACUCCAGGAAAGAGAUUCAGAAACUGCAAGCUCAGCUGGAAGAGAAGGAGGCGGACCUGAAGGACUCUGUGUCCUCGGUGCAGACCAAACACACUGCCGAGCUGCAGCGACUCAAGGAGAUGCUCGCUGCCACGGAAACCACCAACACCGACCUUCAGAAAGAGGUGAGU